UCCUUGCUGCGCCGCCAUGGCCUCCUACAGCAAGUUCCUCACCGCGCGCUACUCCACCGUGGCCGGCACCGCCGCUGCCGCCUGCGCCCUGAUUUGCCUGAUCAACAAGCGGCGGAAAGCGGCCGCUGCCGCCUUGCACGGAAAGAAAAAUGGAAAAAAUUUAUCCAGCAAUGAGAAAGAAGUCAAAAAAGAACGAGCUGUAGUAGAUAGAGUAUUUCUUGCAAGAAUUUGUCAAAUUCUGAAAAUUAUGGUCCCCAGGACAUUUUGUAAAGAGACAGGUUAUUUGAUACUUAUUGCCAUUAUGUUGGUACUUCGCACAUAUUGUGACAUCUGGAUGAUUCAUAAUGGAACAGUUAUCGAGAGUGCUAUCAUUGGCCGCAGUAGAAAAGAUUUCAAGAGGUACUUGUUCAACUUCAUCGCUACCAUGCCUGCUAUUUCCCUAGUGAAUAACUUCUUGAAAUACGGACUAAAUGAACUUAAAUUGUGUUUCCGUGUCCGACUUACCAAGUAUCUUUAUGAGCAGUACCUGCAGAGCUACACAUUCUACAAAAUGGGCAAUUUGGACAACAGAAUAGGCAAUCCUGAUCAGCUACUUACACAAGAUGUUGAAAAAUUUUGUAACAGUGUAGUGGACCUAUAUUCAAACCUCAGCAAGCCAUUUCUGGAUAUUGUUCUAUACAUCUUCAAACUAACAAGUGCAAUAGGAGCGCAGGGCCCUGCUUCCAUGAUGGCCUACUUGAUUUUUUCAGGCUUUUUCCUUACACGCUUAAGAAGACCUAUUGGUAAGAUGACUAUUACAGAACAAAAAUAUGAAGGCGAGUAUAGAUACGUCAAUUCACGGCUCAUUACAAACAGUGAAGAAAUUGCAUUUUAUAAUGGGAAUCAAAGAGAAAAACAGACGAUUCACAAAGCUUUUCACAAACUGGUAGAGCACCUGCACAAUUUUAUUUUGUUCCGGUUUACAAUGGGCUUUGUAGACACGAUUGUUGCUAAAUAUCUUGCAACUGUAGUUGGCUAUUUGGUGGUUAGCCGUCCAUUUUUAAACUUGCAUCAUCCUCGUCAUCAGAAUAGCACCCAUGCUGAACUUUUGGAGGAUUACUACCAAAGUGGAAGAAUGCUACUGAGAAUGUCUCAAGCCCUUGGCAGAAUAGUUCUAGCUGGUCGUGAAAUGACUCGAUUGGCUGGCUUCACAGCUCGAAUUACGGAAUUAAUGCAAGUUCUGAAGGACCUAAACAAAGGGAAAUAUCAACGAACCAUGCUAGCCCAAGACAAAGAAUUAGACUUAAAAGAAACUACCCCAUUGAUUCCUGGAACGGGACAGAUUGUCAUAACAGAUAACAUUAUCAAAUUUGAUCACGUUCCAUUGGCAACACCAAAUGGCGAUAUGUUGAUUAAAGAUCUCAACUUUGAGGUGCGAUCCGGGGCAAAUGUUCUUAUUUGUGGGCCAAAUGGAUGUGGAAAGAGUUCUCUCUUCCGUGUCCUUGGUGAAUUGUGGCCUUUGUUUGGUGGCUGUCUAACUAAACCCGAGAGAGGAAAGUUGUUUUACGUUCCUCAGAGACCAUAUAUGACACUUGGGACAUUGAGAGACCAAGUAAUUUAUCCAGACACUAUAGAAGAUCAAAAAAAGAAAGGCAUCUCCGACCAGGUGUUAAAGGAAUAUUUAGAUAAUGUCCAGCUGGGUCAGAUCUUGGACCGUGAAGGAGGCUGGGAUAGUAUUCAAGACUGGAUGGAUGUUCUCAGUGGAGGAGAGAAACAGAGAAUGGCGAUGGCUAGAUUGUUUUACCAUAAACCCCAGUUUGCAAUUCUGGAUGAAUGUACUAGUGCUGUUAGUGUUGAUGUGGAGGGAUACAUCUACAGCCAUUGUCGGAAAGUUGGCAUCACUCUCUUCACUGUUUCUCACAGAAAAUCACUUUGGAAGCACCAUGAUUUUUAUCUUCACAUGGAUGGAAGAGGAAACUAUGAGUUCAAGAAAAUUACUGAAGAAACAAUUGAGUUUGGUUCGUAACCUUCAACCCUGUCAACAACAGCCAUGACUGUUAACAAUAUUGGACUUGGAAAACGUACAUUAUGAUGUAACAAAGUGACUUGACUUACUCUUUAAAUUGAUUACUAGGAAUAC